GAGAGACAGAUAGAAACACACAGAGAGAGAGAGAGAGAGAGAGAGAUGAGCUUGUGAGAGCUUUCAGAGCAGGAGAGGUGAACGUGAUGGUAUUUUAUCUGGAGCGGAAAUCAUCUGCGUUCAGGGUCGGAAAGAGAAGUGAGUUAAUAUGCUGUUAGUGGUGAAGUCUGUGUCGUUGUGUGAACAAAGUCGGAGUUUUUCCUCCUCGUAUGCGUUUGUUUUUGCUCAGAAAUGUCUCCAGUGACAAAGUCUCUGAGGUCCCGGCUGCUGAAAUGCCUCCUCCUGGCUGCUCUCAUUGCACUUUCACUUUUUCUGUUUGAAAAAUGGACUUCUUUACCACCUAAACCUUCUCAACUUCUACCAAGGCACAUCUACAAGCCACUCUCUCCAUUAUCUUAUAAAUAUCUUCUCAACCAGCCUGACUUGUGCCAAAACAGGAAGCCUUUCCUGGUUCUCCUGAUCCCUGUGACGCUCCGGGACGCUGAAUCCAGGACAGCCAUCAGAAAAACAUGGGCUCAAGACAACCUGCUCCCACAUGUCGACAUCGCCAGGGUGUUCUUCAUCGGAGAACCGAGAGAACGUGACCCAAAGCUUGAGGAGAACCUGAAGAAAGAGAGUCUAGCAUACAAAGACAUCGUCCAAAUGGACUUCCUCGACUCUUAUUACAAUCUCACCAUCAAAACCAUGAUGAUCAUGAACUGGGUGGCCACCUACUGCCGUUCUGCCCAGUAUGCCAUGAAGAUAGAUUCAGACAUCUUUCUCAACGUGCCUUAUCUUGUAGACUACCUCCAAAACAAAGCUAAACGCAACUUCAUCACAGGGUCGGUCAUCACCGAUGGCCGGCCUCGCAGGAACCCAAACAGUAAGUGGCAACUUUCAGAGGAAAUCUAUCCAGAGAACUUGUUUCCACCUUACGUUUCUGGGGCUGGAUAUGUAUUUUCAGUUGACUUGGCCAAGAAGAUAUCAAUGGCCUCUAAGUUUGUGCGUCCGAUCCCAAUGGAGGACGUUUAUGUCGGCUUGUGCCUGAAUUUCUUAAGCGUUCGGCCCAAGUUUGCGUGGACGCUGUUGCCUUACAGGAACCUGUUUGAGGUCCGUCACUUGGACUAUGACCGAUGCACCUUCUCAAAGCGCAUCAUAGUUACGGGUUUUACUUCCACAGAGCUCAUGAACAUGUGGAAGGAUUUCCAGAGUGCUGCGUUUUCAUGUUGAUGAAAAAUCAGCAGCUCUAGAGUCCGGAGAUGCACUGGAAUAAGUAACCAAAGUCAUUUGAAAAGAUCACUUCAUAAACAGGGGCCUUUAUGAAGGACACAGUUUACUUGUUGAUCACAGUACUGCAACGUCAUGGAGAACCACCAUGCUCUUAACAGAAUAUCAGGAUAAAUUAUUAAUCAGUGCUGACACUUUGAACCCACUGCUGUUAAUGUAUAAUUUAUGUGCCUUAUUAAAUCUGAAAACUAUCUGAA